CAUAUAGUCAUGGAGUCGAUGCGAAACAAUAAUAGCAUCAAAUCCUGGACCGACGAUCUGAAGGUCUGCAACCAAACUGGAGUUGGAGAAGCCAUAAACCAGAUUUACAAGGACGAUGGUCGUCGAUGUGAGGGCUAUGAUUCGCGUGAUGAAAAGUGCCGUUGUAUAUCAGAUAAUACCUUCAUGUACGCCAUACUCUCGGGUCACAACGGAGUAACAGUAGCCGAAAAUGCGCUGCAGGAAAUUUCAGCUGAUCUACUGUUAGGCCAGCUUGACUCGUGCAAUACGGAUGAAGCAGUAAAAGAACUGAUCCGCCAGUCGUUUAUGUCGGUAGAAAAGAGUUACUUUGAAUCGAUAAACCCUCACGUCGCCACGAAAACAGCUAUACAACUUCACCUGGCUGCGGAUGGAAUGAAUCAGUAUGAAAUUUCACAGCAGUUUGAAAAUGUUCUACAGCGGCUCGAUUCCCUCAACAAUGCCUUAUCAGUCGGCAGUAGCGCGGUGUUGGGAUUGGUGCAUCGAUCGCAUCUGUAUCUCGGCAACAUAGGCAACUGUCGAGCGUUACUGUGCAAAACAGACGAGCACGACACGCUAACGGUGACCCAAUUAAGUGUUGACCAUAAUUUAUUAAAUGCCGAAGAAGCUGCUCGCUUAUUCCGACUAGGUCUCAUGGCGCAGAACUUCGAAGGCGUGCCCCUGUACGCAACGCGAUGCAUUGGCAAUUACCUUGGAAAAGCUGGGUACAAAGAUUGCAAUUUUCUGUCAAGUGCUACCGCAGAGCCGGUAAUCUUCGAACCGGAGAUUGUUGGGGGUAUACAAAUUUCACCGGCCUGUCGGUUUCUUGUAUUGAUGUCGAGUGGUCUCUGCAGAGCACUGCACGAUAUCUUCCCCGGUGAUACAUCGACUGGCAACCGGGAACUGGUGAGGAUGAUUUCGGAGGAAUUUCAAAACCAAUCGACUCUCGCCGGAGUAGCGCAGUCGGUGGUUCAUCGCAUCGUGCAGGCGCAUCACGAUACGUACAUGCAACUAGUCGAAGAGCGCAAACCCCUAACAUUUAACAGCCGUGAUGAUGUGACGUUGUUGAUACGUAACUUUAACUAUUCGCUUCCGAAGGCGUUUGGGAACCGCAAGAACGGUCAACGCAGCCUUAAUUCUACGACUUCUUUUAGUUCAACCAGUUCGGAUGCGACUCCAACCGAUGGAAACUAUUCGACGAUCCAUACCAAUAUUUCAGUAACUAGUUCAAAUAUCACCCAACCGGGAAAUCCGUACGAUUCUAAUAGAAGAAUUCGGUCGCAUGUAGAUUUUAGCGAUUUUUACAAGCGCGUCGAAGAAGCUCGACAGAGCGGCACACUGCCUAGAAAUAUUGAAUUUGAUUAACUAAUUUGUUAUGUUAUAUUAUUUGGCCUCAGCUUUGAGAUAAGAUGUUA